UUUUGGAGGGGGGUCUGGUCAUGUUCCCCCUGUCUGCAUAUGUGUGUGUGUCUGUGUGUGUGUGUGUGUGUGAACGCACAGACGGUUCAGUAGUAAUUUGAUGUGUGUCCCAGGGGACGUUUGAUGGAUUAAAGCUAAGCAGCUCCAUUGCUGCGUACCACCUGAUCUCUCUCCCACUGCCGCCCCAUAUAAGCCUGCCUGACUGCUGAUCUCAGCUAGUCCCUCAGUCUCUCUCUCUCUCUUUCCUCUCUCUGUCUCUUCUCUCUCUCUCUCUCUCCUCUCUGUCUCACUUUCUCUGUCUCUCUGCCUCUCUUUUCCUUUCUCCUAGUGGCCCCCACUGCAGCCCGGGAGCUAUCCAGUGCUGAACGAGAGUAUUUUUCUUUUCUUUUUUUUUCUUUUUUUUUCUAUCCACAACCAGGCAGAGAGAGAGAGAGAGAGUGAGCGUGUGCAUGUGCGUGUGAUUCGUACAGUAGCGGCACGCACACACAGCAUCCCAUCAUCCGUCGCCUUUCCUCCUCUCGCCUUGCUUUCCAUCUCCUUUAUCUUCAUCCCUGAUUCUUUUCAUCCCUCUUGCUUUCUUUUCUUUUUUUCCUUUGCUGGGAGGUCAGGUCUUUUUUAUUAAGUAACGUACGGAUUUACGCUCCUGCUGCUUGUUUUUCUUUUUUUGUUUUUUCCUCCAGGAAUCUUUUUUUUCUCAUUUUUUUCCCCCUCGUUUUCUGUUCGACGCCCAUGCGUAGUGCUUCUCGCGUGUGUGUGCUGACAGUGCGUGAAUCAUGCCCCGCUCCUUUUUGGUGAAGAAGAUCAAGCUGGAUGAUUUCUCCUCGUCUGCUGUGGUGGCAUCCAACCAUCAUCAUCACCAUCAUCACCAUCACCACCUGGACGACGCCUUCACUUUCACCCGUUCCAUCACAGACUCUGUAACCAGCCUGGGUGUCCGGCUCAGCGAGAAUGGCUACAUCCAGGACUACAUUAGUCCCUCUGCAUAUCAGAGCGAGAAGAAGCUGGAGCUUAAGUUGGCCUCAGCUGUGUCCGACCCUCUGUACGCUCCGGUCAGCAGUGGUGGUGAGGAGUACUGCGAGCCAGACUUAGAACAGCCCGACAGCCCUCAGUCCGGUCUGACCGCUCGUGGCUACUACAGCGGGGAGGCGGAAAGUCUGAGCGAUGGCUACAUUACUGCAGAGGGCUUCUUCAUCUCAGAUGGGCGCUCACGGAGGAAAGGCGAAGGUAAGGAGUCGCGGAAGGGCGUGGCGGAUGCCAAGGAGGCUAGCAGUGGAAACCCACGACACGUGUGCAACGAGUGCGGCAAGACAUACGCCACAUCGUCCAACCUGAGCCGCCAUAAGCAGACGCACCGCAGCCUGGACAGCAAAAUGGCACGCAAGUGUCCCACCUGCAACAAGGUGUAUGUGUCCAUGCCUGCGCUGGCCAUGCACAUCCUGACCCACGACCUCAAGCACAAAUGCAGCGUGUGCAGCAAGGCCUUCAGCCGGCCGUGGCUGCUGCAGGGACACAUGCGCUCACACACCGGAGAGAAGCCCUUCGCAUGCGCCCACUGCGGCAAAGCCUUCGCCGACCGCUCCAACCUGCGGGCCCACAUGCAGACGCAUUCAGCCUUCAAGCACUACCGCUGCAAGCGAUGCGACAAGACCUUCGCGCUUAAGUCCUACCUGAACAAGCACUAUGAGUCGGCCUGCUUCAAGGGCUCCGGGGAUGAGGACGAGUCCGGAUCCGAAAACUGAUGAAAGAGAAAUCUGAACCUUCAUCUCGUUAAAUUUGUCAGGAAGAGUCAGGAGACUGAGUCUUGUUUAUUCUCGCACGUCUCCCCUGUUCGACUCCAGAAGCUUUUCACAGACCCCUUCUCCUGCACACAAACACUCAUACACACUAAAAUGCAUUGAAUGCAUUGAAUUUGCUUGAUUCAAAUGUGUACAUUAUGUCCUCAGUAUGCCAGAGAAAAUUCAAUGAUAGGUUAAUGGUACUGGCAGUAGACUGGUACUGUGACUGUUAGAGCUAGGCCUUCAGUUCUGUCUGAUAAAUGUCAAAACGAGGGAAAAACCCACCUUAACGAUAACGUUAGCGUCCCUAUGGGAUUCUAGUAGUAUGUUAGUGCUAAACUUAAGCUAAGUAAUGCACAUGAACAUU